CGAGGUUUUGUUUUUUCAUCUCAAACAAGACAAAUAUAUAAUUUCUGAAAAAGCUGGACAGAACCAGAAAGGAAAUGCGAUUGUAUAUAUUACUUAUGAUCGGCCUGUUGUGUCAAGGGCUUAGUACAAAAGCAGCUGAAGAAGUAGAGGUUGUAGAAGCCGUGCCAAGCGAAGAAAAUGAAGAUCAUGCAAACAAUAUUGAAAAAGACAGCAAAAACGAUCAAAUUUCUAUGGAAUCUGCAGACGAAAAAGAGCAACCGCCUAAAAAACUAGCCUUCAACGGACCUCCGAGAAACAGCAAUCCUAUAAACUUACCUCCGAACCUACCUCCAAGAGGUAACGGAGGUCAAUACUACAACAAUCACAAACCUUACAAAAACAAACCGAAUUACGAAAACAAAAAUCAAUAUAAUGGCCCUCCGCCACCUCCGCCCAAACAGGCUAUGGACAAGUACGACAAAUACGGACCGCCUUCUGGAGACAUUUGGCCGGCUCCAGUACCUGAUAUGCCAAAAAUCAUAUCAUUGGAUGUGAAAUGUGAAAAAAACCUAAUGAAAGUUUACAUAGGAUUCGACAAGCCUUUCUACGGAAUAGUCUUCAGUAAAGGUCAUUAUAGUAAUGUACACUGUGUCCAUUUGCCCGCCGGUUUGGGUAGAACAUCUACGCACUUUGAAAUUGGUAUUCAUGCCUGUGGUACUUCAGGUAACACUGAAAACGGAUUGUAUGGCUAUGGAGCUGAAAGUGGCAGUGGAACAUAUUUUGAAAAUAUUAUCGUCAUACAGUACGAUCCUCAAGUACAAGAAGUAUGGGACCAAGCACGUAAGUUGAGAUGUACCUGGCAUGAUCAGUAUGAGAAAUCAGUGACUUUCCGACCAUUUCCUGUGGAUAUGUUGGACGUUAUCAGAACCGACUUUGCUGGUGAUAAUGUGGGUUGUUGGAUGCAAAUUCAAGUAGGAAAAGGUCCUUGGGCAUCUGAAGUAUCCGGUCUAGUCAAAAUAGGUCAAACAAUGACCAUGGUACUGGCCAUCAAAGAUGAUGAUAACAAAUUUGACAUGCUGGUAAGAAAUUGUAUGGCUCAUGAUGGUAAACGAGCUCCUAUUCAAUUGGUAGACCAGAAGGGAUGUGUCACUAGACCAAAACUAAUGUCAAGGUUUACAAAAAUCAAAAACUUUGGAGCCAGUGCUUCAGUUUUAUCUUAUGCCCACUUCCAAGCAUUCAAAUUCCCUGAUUCCAUGGAAGUGCAUUUCCAAUGUACAAUUCAGAUUUGUAGAUAUCAGUGCCCUGAUCAAUGCUCAGAUGGAACUAAUCAUAUUGGAUAUCAGAGUAGUCUUUUGGAUCUUGCCCAUGGCCCAGAUACCCAAUACGGCCCUCCACCAUCCCUACCAAUUGAACACUACCUUCACUCGGCACAUCCACGUGACGAACGUAGAGUAAAACGUUCACUGCCAACUGAUCCUGAAACUGAAGUUGGAGUUAAUCGAGUGAUCCGUGUAGUCAGCACCGGUGAUUUAACAUUCUCCCUAGACGAAAACAGCACCAACACAGCACCUACGAUGGUAUUCCCAGCUUCCAAUGACCAAGUAGUAGCUGCUAGCGGACUGAUUUGCAUGACAACCCCAGGAUUUGCAGCUACACUAAUAGUUUUGUUAGCGAUAAUGAUUAUUUCGUGUCUUAUGUCAGCGUUUUUGUGUGUCAAGUUGAAACCUUUUACGCAUAAAAAGAUUGUUGGUUGGGUAGGGUUUCCUACUACUCAAAAGGUAGCUGGUAAAACGGUUGCGACGUCGAAAAGUUGUUUUUAUUCGUGAUUGGGAAUGAUAAUACUCGGAUAAGUAAUGCUGACAAUUUGAUACAGAUCUGUUUUUCAAUUUUGCUCUCUGCAGAAAGCCUAGAAACUCAAAUUCACAAGCCUUGAUUGCUAAAACCUUCAUAGAAUCACAACAAAAAAAUUUCUAAAUUAAGUGUGCGCUACUGACAUAAAGCUAAAUUUAUUCAAAGAAUUCACUUUUUAGUUUCCAUUACAGAGGUAUUCGUGUCUUCAAUGUGAGCUACCUUCUCUGCAUCUAUCCAAAUGUUAGCAUUACCCAUUUUUAGUAAGAGUUUAUACAAAUAAUAUUAAUAUUAACGUUGUUUAAGCAAUGUAUUAGUGUCUUAAGGUACCGUUUGGUUGAGCCAAAAGAAACACACCUUUUUUUUU